AUAAGAUCUCGUAACUGUGCACGCUGAGAAAAAAGGGAGAUCACUUAAAAAAUAACCGUAGAAGUUCCGAUCUACUCAAAAUUAGUAUUGUAAUACUAGAAUUGUAGAAUUAACUAGAAUCUAGAUCUAAUCUAGACAAGUUAAGAUCUAUCAGCGUAGUCUCGUGUGUAUCAUCUAGAUCUAGAUCUACAUCUCAUCUAGGCUCAGGCUAUGACAUUUGAGUAGUUUUAAAUUUGUUCCAGAUUCUAGUGUUGUGUAAUAAAUAAUAUACUUACUAAAAUCAGUCAUGGCGAAGCCAGACAUACACCAUCACCAAGAUUUAUACAAGCAAGGUUUCGGUGACCUAACGACUAUAAGAUGCAAUAGCAGGACAGCCAUUAAUGAAUCACAGAAACAGCGACGUGAAUGUCUGAUGAUCAGCAAAAGACUAAAAGUAGACACGUUAGAAGAAGCUGAUUUGUUUCUUACAGAUCAGGAAGAAAAAAGCACAGUUGAGAAUGCAACAAAACUUCUCAAGCAUGGAAAGAAACAUGAAGGGCUUUCUACACUUCAUAAAAGUUUUGCAAGAAAUGUUAAAAAUGCUGUAACAUUUUUAAGCUGUGGUGGCUUGAACGCUUUAAACACCUGCUUCAUGUCUAGAGAUGUAGAGGUUCUUCAUGCUGCAGCUUGGUGUGCCAUCAAUUUAGCUGCUGCGGAUUCCCAUAGUGUCCCCAAUGUAAUCCGCCUCUCACCCAUGUUAAUUCAGUUUCUACAAGGUUCUGAUAUAGUAAUGCAGGAGUUGUGUGCGUGGGCCAUUGCAAACCUAGCAGGUGAUUCUCAAGCAAAUAUUACCAGAUUGCGAGAGCAGGGCUGCAUCUCUCAUCUUGUUCAUUUGAUCAGCUCAAGUUGGGAUAAAGAACAUGAAUCCAGAUCACAAAGUGUCCUCUUAGCCUUAAUCAACUUAGCAAAGGAUAAAACACAUGCUUGUACAUGCCUGAUGCUUGACAACAGACUUUAUACUACCAUUCAAGCACUGCUACAGAGCAGCCGCUCUGUAAAUAAUUUAAGCUACGAAAUUGGAUGGUUGGUGUAUAGUAUAUAUUCCAGACAAGAAACAUGGCUGAAAUAUGAAUCCCAUUACCCAAUAAUUUUGCACCUACUGAUCAACAAACUUGCCCAGCUUCUUCAAGACGGGGAAAACAACCAAAUAGAUCAGAUCAUACUACCUUACCUGCGUUGCCUCGGCAACAUCAUUGGAUUCAGCACUGAGCUGGCAAUUUCAGCAAGCCAAAGUCUCCAAUUUUAUUCCAGUGUGAAUUUAUGUCUCUCUUGUGAAAAUGAGCUAAUAGUGUGUGAAACAUUGUGGCUCCUUAAAAACUUUACAGCUGAUCCAAGCUGCAGAUUGCUCAUAGUAUUUCAAACUAACAUUUUUAAAGAUAUUCUUAAACUCUGUCAGCAUUCUGACAAGGAUAUAGCCACAGAGGCAGUUUAUUUAGUAGAUGCAGCAACGAAGAUCUCGAAGCAGGUAAACAGUUACCUGGUCCAGCAAGGUAUUAUUCAGCACCUCCUGGCUCUCCUCAAGCUUAAUAAUGCACAAAUGUAUGAACUUUCAUUGGGGAUCUUAGUACAUUUAAUAGAAGACCCACAGGCAAAGAAAGAAUUUGCUGCUGCCGAUGGUGAAUGUCUAAUUUCUUCAUUUACUGAAGGGUAUGUGCAGGACAGCACAAGAGCCAUGGCACACAUAUUGUUGGAAAAAGUUGCCAAAACUGUUGCUUGAAGUAGAAGGAAAUUCAAUGCUUAAUUGAAAUUAGUAUUGAGGCACACAAUAAAGUGGGUUGCUAUUUUUCCAUUAAACUAAAAGCUACCCGACAUCUUUUAUCAGUAAUUUUUUUGUACUGAACUGACAUCUAUAUUACAUGAGUUUUUAAAAU